GAUAGUGUCGCUUGAUUGUCAAUCGUCAACUACCCCCAGUGUGGACUCUUUCUUGUCACCCUUGCCCUUACUCAACCAUCUAAAAAGUAAGCACAAUGAUGGCUCCCGAACCAUCAUUCGAAGACAGGCGUGACUUCACCGACGCCUCCCGCGGCUUCAUCGCCAAGCUCGAACCCUGCAUCAUCAAAAACGGCGCAGGCCAAGUCGUCUGGGACCUCGAGGAGUUCAACUUUAUGCUCGACCAGGAAUGUCCCCCCACUGCCAACCCCAAACUCUGGCGCCAAGGCCAACUAAAUCUCAAACAAGGCCUCUACGAGAUCGUCCCCGGCAUCUGCCAAGUACGCGGGCAAGAGGGAGUUAUCGUCAUCGACCCACUAAUAUCGUGCGAGUGCGCUGCUGCGGCGUUGGAGCUGUACCAGAAGCAUCGGGGGAAGGGGAGAAAGGUGACGGGGAUGCUAUAUUCGCAUUCACAUGUGGAUCAUUAUAUGGGCGCUGGUGGGAUUGUGCCCAUGGAUAGGGAGAAGCAUGAUAUACCCAUAAUUGCGCCGGAAGGGUUCAUGGAAGCGGUUAUGAGUGAAAGCAUUCUUGCUGGUCCCGCGAUGAGGCAGAGGGCUGCGUUUAUGUAUGGGCGGGGUCUGCCGAGGGGGCCGGAGGGGCAGGUUGGAGUGGGCUUAGGGAUGGCGUUGAGUUUGGGGACACAGUCGCUGAUUUCGCCGAACAAGUUGAUUCAGCGUACUGGGGAAGAAAUUUUGGUUGAUGGAGUUAGGAUUGUGUUCCAGAUGGUGCCGGGCUCUGAAGCGCCUGCUGAGAUCAACUUCCAUUUUCCUGACUUCAAGGCUCUGUGUCUUCCGGAGACGGCGACGAACUGUUUGCAUAAUAUUGUUACAUUACGAGGUGCCCAAGUUCGAGAUGCCAAAGCGUGGUCUCGGUAUCUUGACGAGGCGAUUGUGCUAUUUGGAGAAAACUCUGAUGUCGUCUUUGGGAGUCACAACUGGCCUACUUGGGGGCGCAAGGAUCUCAUUACUCGCAUUGAGAAGCAGAGAGAUCUGUACGGAUAUUUGCACGACCAAACUGUCCGCAUGAUGAAUCUUGGUAUGACGGGCAUUGAAAUCGCUGAAAAGAUCAGUCUCCCACCAAAGUUGCAAAGUGAGUGGCAUUGCCAAGGGUUCUAUGGUUCAGUGAGCCACAAUGUGAAGGGUAUUUACCAGAAAUACAUGACAUGGUUUGACGGCAACCCCGCCCAUCUCUGGGAACACACUCCCGCCGCCGAAGGAGCCCGGUACGUUGAAUGCCUAGGUGGCCUCGACAAUCUCUGUAUUAAAGCGGAGAUGUACAUUGCAAAAAAUGACCUCCGAUUCGCCGCCACGCUUCUGGGACACGCGGUGGCUGCCUUCCCAGAGCACAAGAAAUGUAAACUUCUCCUGGCUUCGACCUUCGAGCAAUUGGCCUAUAGGGCUGAAAACGCUACAUGGCGGAACUUCUACCUUGUCGGAGCACGGGAGCUGAGAACAGGAAGCAAAGUGCCGGCGGGCGGAAGGGGUCCAAUUGGGCCGAAUAUGUCGAUUGAUCAAUGGUUUGAUAUCAUUUCAGUAGAGAUUGACGGUGAAAGGGCUGCGGACGGAGAGGGAUUUGUGAUUGAUUUUGAUAUUGCGGAUGAGGAAAUGAGGUGGAGGCAUACUGUGAGUAAUGGGGUGUUGCAUCAUCGUCGCUUGAGUAGUAGUUAUGAAGGGGGAGAUGCGGACUUGGAGGUCACAUUAUCGCGACUGCAACUGCUGGAAGUGCUGCGUGGGAGGGAGGCAGAUGGUAUAAAAUUGAAAGGCAGAGCAGAGUUGCUAGGUCGAUUACUAGAUUUGACAGGGAAGGUCAGCUCGUUCCCAGUGCUGGCUAUGAAUGAGCCAAAUGGUUGUUGUUGA